CAUUUCUCGCCUCUGGCCGCAUCGCGCCCGUAUGUUGUAAUUACACCGCUUUAUCCUGUACCACCACGCCCGCUACGCUACAACCACGCACGGCACACAACCACCCAGCGGUGCAGCUCCUCUGUCAGCCCGACUGUGUGUGUGUGUGUGUGACCCGCCCGAAUGACACAGCAACAGACAAUGCCUGACGUGUACCAGCCAUAGAGAUCGGCGACCCCACAUCGUGCGGGAUUUUCCGUACCAUCCGGUUGGCGGUUCCGUGAUAGCGGCAGGUAAAGAAAUGCCAUGAUGGCUCGGAGGAAGAAAAGAUCCACGCUGUGGGACGUCUUGUUCAGGUACCUGUCUGGUCUGGUCUACUUCCUCAGCUGCUUCAACCCAUUCCACUACCUGCCACAGAGCGUCACAGAGGCGAUCAACGGCCGGUGGUCGGAGGCUAUCCUAGCGCUUUUCCAGACUGAGACGUCCCGAAAGCGGCAACUGCUCCGAUGGGUGCAGGAGAAGGUUCCCGAUAAGCACCCCCGGGACUGGACGGCCUCCUGGUCGGACGGCACCCUGCUGUGUGCCCUGGUGGAGGCGCUGGUCCCCGGGACAUGCCCGCGGUACGACCUGCUCAACCCCUCUCAGGGACUCAACAACGCGCGCCUGGGACUCAAGCUUGCCGAACGCAAUCUGGGCGUGGCACAGCUUAUCGCUCCGGAGGAGAUUUCGGACUCCAGACUGCAGUCGUCUGACCGCCUGGCCCGGUAUGUCUCCCGCCUCCGCCAAGUGAGCAUGCGCAUGGAGAACACCAACAGCCAAUCAAAACGCGUCAUCAGUCCACAGGUAUCGCUAGAGGACACGGUUGUCAGGGACAUCUGUACCGUCAGCGGCAGCGGGCUAACGGUCGCUGAGGUCAACCGGGAGGCGACGUUCAACAUCUUUGCCCGAAGUUCAACCAUCAUUGACUUUGAAGUACAAAUCAAAGUCCCUACGGGGCAAGUGACGACAGAGAGAGUACGUCAGAGGGCAGGACUGAGCGUCGAGACGUUCAACCAGAUUUUCCUGGAACACAAACGGAAACAGGUGAUGCAGACUCGGACCAAUCAGAAGGGGAGACCCAGACCCAGGAGAGAACAGGACCCCGAGAAAGUCUACCUGGGAUUCGUGUGUACACACGACGGGUUUUUCCAAGUUAGCUACACGCCGAAGAAAGCCGGAUUCCACCUUAUUACGGUGCUCUGGAUGGGUAGCCCAGUAGAAGGCUGUCCCUUUAGAGUACGCGCACAAGAUUCCUCAUUGGAGCAGAACAAAAUGGUAUUGUUUAAAGACCAACAAGAGAUCACAACACCCAAAACAGCUCGAUGGUCCGGAGGCCCCGAAUCUUCUGACCGGGUUCAAAUUGUGGUUUCUAAGAACGACGAGAGAAAAAAGCUUGACCAGCAGUCGUCUAUGAGCGGCAGUGAAGCAGGCACGCCAAGUGAGGACGGCGGGUACGUCGGGGGGACAUACCGGCGGAGAGUCGUCAAGCAGCCCUCUGGAGGUUCCGACUCGAGCACGCAAGAGAUGGCCGAAAGGAAGAGGAUCUCUAUCCGGCAAGGCUCUGGAAACCAGGAGCAGUCAGACUCAGAUGUGUCAGAGGGCGCCUUCAGGAGGAGAGUCAUCCGGCAAGAGUCGGGUGGAAGCGUCGAUAUUUCUGACUCGGAAAUUACCGAGAGUAAGAGAGGUGGGCAGCGGGCGGCAAAGAUGGAGCGACAAAACUCCGCGUCAGGAAUUGUGACGAAGAGAAAGGUUCUGAACAUCACGGUGAUGGGAGAAGACAUCAGUGACGCUUCCCGUCGGGCAAGCAUCUUCAAAAGCAGCAGCUGCUCACAGGGAAGCUUCAUGUCUCAGCAAAGUAGCGAUAAAGUGGAUCAAGCUGGAGAGGAGGCCAAAAGUGGACGUUGGGUCAGUGUGGAAGACAAGAAGAUAGGAGCCUGUCAACCAGGAGGGAAAACAGAGUCAGCAAUCGAAGAGAUGUCCAAGAAGCUGUCAAAUGAAGUUAUUGAAGACUCUUUUGGGGAGUUGGCGUUUAAAGUGUUGUCGGAAGCGCGUGGGAACGAACCGGAAGCGCUUGGGAACGACAGAGGGCGCGUGUUCAGAGGUGUCGACGAUGAAGCCUUGAAAGCUCGCCGCCGAACCCUUGUCAAACAAUCCUCGCUGGUACCGUACCUGAAGGAGGAAGGACCGCACGUCAUCCCUUCGCGUGUACAACAUACAUCCCAGAACCCAAACACAAAUAUUACCGCAUCCGAGAACAAACGGCAAAGGCUUGUGCAUCAGUCGUCACUCAUACCUUACCUGAAAGAAAACGGGCAGACAGAAGUCGGUUACACUCACUCAACAGAUUCAGAAGAGCGCGCCAAACAUGAUGGCCAGCGGUCAGCUUCCACUGCUCAAGCCGCACCACCGGAUGCACCACACCCGCCGAGAAAGCCUGCAGCAGCCUCGCGGCACCGCGUCCUGGUUCGGCAGUCGUCGCUGGUACCUUACAUGAAGAGCGCAUCAGAUGAAAGAGUUACAAAUGCUUCAGAACAGCGGCAACUUCAAGUAACUCCAGAAAUUUCAGUUUCCUUGGAGAGCGUUGCAACAACGCAAAAUAAUGACGACGCCGAGACGGUAGACGUAAAGUCGUCCUCCAAAACAAGUGAUGACCAAAGCAACACCGACAAGCGGCCAGUACCCAACACAACUCGCCGAUUGGUCAAGCAAUCAUCCCUCAUACCUUACAUGAAGUUAGCCAGUGUGAUGUCGGAAGCAGAGGAAAAAUCACCUGAAAGUAUCUCAGACAGUGACUCAUCUAUUGAAGAGGAAGAUCGUCUUGAAGAUAUGAUGACGCCGGGUGUGAGCUGUCUCGAAGAAGACUCAUCACCUAUUAGCACUGCAAGUAAUACAAACUACACAAAGGAGGACACUCAGUCGUCAGAUAGACUACUGUCACUGCAGGAGUUUCUCUCUAUGGAACCACCAAACGGUGUAGACUCGUCUUCUCAACGUAUCUCUUCAGCAGAACCCCAAGAACCAACAGUUUUUGGGCCAAUUCUGAUAACAGAUGACACCUUAAUGUCUCUUAAGGAAUUCCUGUCUCUUAGCACGUUCGAACAAAUGCAGGCGAUCAACCUUAUGCAGAAGAGCACCCAACAAACAAAGACUUCUGUAACUGCAGAAUGUAUUGAUCUGAACACACGUCCUGAACAUACAACUGAGGAAACUCUGCUUUCUUUGAAUGAGUUUCUAGCACUCAGAAUCCAGGAAGAGUCCUCUAAAGACGAAAACAGCAUUACGCCAAGGUCAGAAGGAAACAAUUCUGAUGAAGGGACGAUAGAGUUGUCCGAUGAUGCAUUGAUAACACUCAAAGAGUUCCUCUCGCUUCGAGACAUCGCAGAGCGGAGGCAGCCAAUGUCGACUUCCAAAGAAACCUCCCAAAUACAACAACUUGAUGAAACAAACAUCUUUCAUGACCACAGGGAUGCAAACACGACACCGGAAAACACCGGCUCUGGUCUGACGUCUAAACACUCACCCGACCCAACGGUUGUAGGCUGUGACUCUGGCUGGCAAGAUGACAUCUAUGGUUUACAGAAUCCCUUUGUCACGAAUCUGCUGACGACAGACAGCCCGCAGGAGUGUCAUAACGCUCAAGAGGAUCUUCUGACAUCAGAAAUGGGUUUUACAGGUGUCUCCGAUGACAGAAAUAAAAACAACCCAGAUGUUUCUAGUACAGAACAAUCAUCAAAGCAGCACUCAGUCAAUGUUCAUCCAGUGAGGCAAGAAGGAAUCGCAAAAGAAAGGGAGCUAAAUGUUGUAAACGAUUUGGUUGACAUAGGGCCUGACCAUUGUGAAACAUUGCCAAGUGUGCUAGAUGCUUCGGUGAUAGAAACAGACACUGUCGAAACGUCGGGAUCUGAAGACCAAUGGCAAAAUGGCCAAAGUCGAAGGAAAGGCAAAAAUGUAGCCCCUCUCCAGCGACAGUCCUCACUUGUGCCGUAUUUAAAACAGGCUGAGGAAGCAGGAAUUUCAGCACCUGCCUGCAGGGACCAAUUUGAACAUAAAGACUUUGCCUGUGAUGUCAUUCCCGAAACGGAAGAUGCUGAAAGAAGCUGUACCAGUGACCGACCGUCAGUGUCAACGCUGGUGAAAAACUGGGAAGAGGUGACGAGAAAUGCAGAUGACACGGCACCAGGACCACGUCAUCAGAGGGAUGACAACGCUGGUAAUGGUAGCAAUCUCCCCGUAGCAAACGGCGGUGUAAUUGUCGGAAAAGCAUCGUUAUUACAGUCUCCAGCAAACGAUGAUGCCAUUGUCGGAAAUGCGUCGUUAUUAGAGUUUCCAUUAGAUGACGUGGAAGCAAUCGUGUUUAGCGGAGACAUGGAUCACGAGGAAACGUUUUCUAUUGUCGCUGACGUGCAGAUUGAAGGGGAUCAGGGUGGUGAUGUGGACAUAUUCAACACCAUAAUGGCUCAACUAAAUCACAUGGACUCUCCCGUGUAUGACUCCGAUCUGGACAAUAUGGAUAUGAACCAGGAAUGGAUCAUAAUUGAUACCAACCCAACCGUCAAACCCAAGAACAUAACUCCCGCCAUGCCGCACAAAGAGGCAAGUAAAAGGAUGACUGUGCGAUACAGAAGUGAAAUUCUGGUUGACAUAGGAAGUGAGUAUGACCUAGAGAGUCAAAUUACGUCGCCAUUUGCGGAUGGAGAAACCAAGGAUGAUGCGGAAGAAAUAUCUUUGAAUGGUGGUGGGCUUGUGAGAAAAAAUCAGCGCGUGAAGUCAGCAUCAGAAAGAAAGUUGUCGUUCAUGGCAGAUGACGGGAACUUCCCCUCUCUUUUCGUUACAACUAUUGAUGAUCCGCAUGGCGACGAUGUCCAAAGCUCCUCAGAAAGAGUGCCAACACCAUCGUCUGACGGAGGCGCGAGGCUAGAGAGCAAUCGGAGACACCCACCAUCGUUUUCAUCAUCAUCACUGCUGAUGGUGGUUCCCAAUACCGGAACCGGAAAUGUUUUGACUGGUGAAGGUGAGCAAGAGUCGUGCCAUUGGAGCAUAAGCUCGGUAGAGGCGACCAAUGAGAACAGUGCCAUCCAGUUCAACCCUGCUGGAAACACAGCUGCAUUUCUGCCAUCUAAAUAUGAGCAGUUCCAAAGCACUUCGCAUGAAGGGGGGCAGCACGGCAUGAUGUAUCGGAGCUCGGUGACUCUCGAGGUCAACCAAUACCCCCGAGACAGCUACGAGCAGUCUGAAGUAAACAUGUUGCGAGCAGAACCACACAGGAACGGAAGACGACGAAGACCAAUUCGCGACUCUUUCCGAAAAGCUGUAGUGGACAAGCAGAACGAAAGCCCGGACGGCUUUGAUCAAGUGCUGGCCAGUGACUGUAUCGAGAGAGACGCCUUGAACUCGGGAUUUAUGGACUCGUGUUCCCCUUAUCCACAGACAAGGGUAGACAUUUCACACAAGUCCCUUCAAGUUCACUCGCACCAGAUCCGGAAGGAGACGGGUUACCAGGACAGUAUGAGAGAGGAGGUUAGGAGCAGACAGGGGGCUAUACGAGGAGUCAGUAGCAUACGGAACCUCCUUCGUUCGGUUGACGAAAAGGUAUCCGAGCUGUCCGACAUCGCCAGCGAAGUCAUGCACAACUCCUCGCAGCACAGAAAUUCUCUGGCCGAGGCGCUUCGCGCUGCAGCGAGGAAAACCUCGGGAGAAGCCGGGACUUUCGACGACGACGUAGCCCGAAGAACAACUCGACAAUCGACCGACGAUAGCGGUAUAUCCGAUGUUACGAUCUACGUGGACGGAAAGGGGCCUUACACAUGGCAGGAAAGACACAACAUUUCGUCAUUGGAAGACAGAAUUCCCUAUUGGCUGCUGAAUGAGGAUGAUUCGGACUCUUGUUUUUCUCCCGGUGGACUCCGCAUCCCGAAUGAGUCCGAGCGGGCCUGCAAAAGUGACUCGGAGUGCGUGACACGCCGUCCCGAUAGAACAAGCACCCCCGAGAUCGAACAGGAUGGCCGAAGACGAAGCAAUGUCUCCCUGCCUGACACAGAGAGCAUGCAUGAUUUCACCGCCCAACUUGAGAACGACGGCACCUUCGCUAACAUGAGACCGCUAGGACGCCGGUUCCUGCCCGGAGAAUCCGCCUCGAUACAAGCCAGUCGACAGAGCUGGGCAGGUUUCCCCCACAGCAUGCCGAGACGGGCGGCCUUUUCACCAGGAGCGGAUGGCUAUGAGGCCGGAGACGAGCCCAACGAGGAAGACGAGGGUGACCUCGGGAGCAGGAAGGCGGAUGGCCGGAGCAGAUCUCGUGUCCUCGCCGGAAGGAUCCUGGCGUUCGGCCCGGGGCUAGACCAUGGCUUCGUCGGGGCAAAGAACAACUUUCAGGUAUCGACUAGGAAUGCUGGGAACGGCGCCUUAAACGUGUCCCUUGUGGGCCCUCGCAAGAACACCGUGGCGGAAGUCAACGUCAUCUACACCGGAGAUGACCUGUACGAGGUCAUCUAUGACGUCACGCAACCCGGAUAUUACGUCCUCAGUGUCAAGUGGAUGGACAGGAACAUACCUGAAAGUCCGUUUAUUGUGAAGAUUCACGAGGCAUGGUCUGUUCCAAAUAUACCUAUUCCGAAGUCCAACUUAGCAACACCCGGCAACGCCUAGCAACCCGGACAAAAUGGCGGCGGCGGCUAAGGGUAGUCACGUGACUAAAUUAUACUCUCCUUCCAACCAAAUAAACGACGAAUGCAAAUACAAAUUAUUGAUCUUAAUUGACUGCCGGGAUCGGUUUAUUUCAGUAAGGUAAUGUCACCGAGCAUUGAACAAAAUUUGAAGCAAAUGUUGUAUCAUGUUGACUAUAUUUGUUUUAAAUUUAACCAUUGGUCAGUUUUCAGUACUGAAUAUGUAAUAUAUGCGCCAUCCCACAACGUAAUGUGCAUGCGCAGGCAAUUGCAUUAAUGUUAUUAUAUUAUCAUGUUAUUGUUUAUAUUUUUCAAUAAUCAGUGACAAUAAUAACUAGACAGUAACCUUUCAACCAUUCAUUGAUCAUGUUUGUCAAUUACUCAAUGAUUAUGUAAAUUAGAUUCCAAUUUGCGUAAUAAACAUCUAACUUUAUGAAGCAUCACUUAAGCUGUCUACAUACCGAUCAUCACGACGAUCCGUCGACCCCUUAUUGAGUUCUUUCCUUUCUAGUCUGACACUUAACCGGCCUCUGCAAUACAAAAAAACUUAAAGACAUAACUUAAGACUAAUAAGAAAAUGGAGGGCUAAGUUAAACAGCUUGAAUUGAUCUGUGUCAUGAACUCAGAUCUAAGUGAAGAUCGAUGUUGGGUGUAGGAAGGGAAAGAUCGAUUUCAUCUGUGGGAAUUCUUUUGAUAUUCCGUACUCCAGAAGUUGUAACCGGGGCUGAUAGAUCUUCACAUUCUUUUAUUACCUCCGCGAAGGAGUUUCACCUCUAAUAGAGGUUCUGUUCCUGUUUGUGUAUUCGUACCUAUAGCACAAACUCCUUUUGAUGGACAUGCAUGAAUUUUGGCAUGUUUGUAGUUAUUGAGGUGCCAAUAACACACGGGACGUAGUAAUAUUUUCAGGUAAUGCAGAAUUGAAGGUGGCGUGAUAUAGCCUAUCAUAUCAGCUGCUGCUUGUCUAUUUGUAUCCUGUGUUAAACAAGUCCUAGUUUUGUUUUUGUCGUAGAUACAUAUCAGUUGUCGACUCAUAUGACCUAAGUAUAUACAACCUCGGAAAACACGAUUUGCGGGAUGAACAGAAAGAAGUUAGCACGCUUUAAGAAUUCUCUUAUUACAUAUCUGUAGCAAACAUAUCCAGGCAGUUACUAUAUGUAACGAUCACAGAGGUAUUUAGGUAUGUGACUAUUGCUACUGUGCAAUUACUAUUAUACCAACAAUUAUUCUAGACAGAUCUAGGUAUAUCUGUAUUGGCAAGACAAUCGUUUUAAAAUUUGACCCCUUUUUGACAAUUUUCUCGAUUUCAUCGUGAUUAUUCCUGCUUUUUUUAGUGAGAAUCAUUUUUUUUUCUAUAUUUCAAUCGCUUGCUCCAUCCUUAUUAGACAAAACUCGGUUUAAGUUGAAGACCCCUAUUGUUCAAGUUUUGUGUAAGUUUCUGUUUGGUACUUUACAUUUUGCUGUUAUUAAUCACAUAAGUAUUCAGAUAUAAAUAUUGUAUUGUAUAAGAGGUUAUAUACCAUGCCAAUGAUACCACUUGUCAUGGCAUAUCAUCGAGAAUGUACAAUUAAAGGGAAGACAA